AAGGUGAGGAAUUGACGUUGCUGUCUGUAAGAUCUCUUAUUUCCCUUCCACUCUUGUAAAUCUGCGUUGAAAAAUUUUCCCCGUCGGUUUCGUGUUUUACCUUCUCGUUCGUUGUCAAUCGCUGCCGGCGGAGUUAAUAGAAAGAGGCCAGGAGGUGUAAUUUUCUGUAUUGUUCCCUUGAUCGAGGUUAAUCAGUGGUACUGGGUAGAGACAACGGCGAUGAUGACUUGGAGGAGAAUUCUCAAGUCUAUCCAAGUGGUGGUGGCUCAUGGAUUGCUUUUUACUUUCACUCUUAUUCUCUCCCUCAAGCUCCAUCACGCUGUUGACUGCUCUUGGUGGUUGGUGUUUUCUCCACUCUGGUUAUUUCAUGCUGUUGUGGCAAGAGGAAGAUUCUCCUUACCAGCCCCAUCAAUGCCACAUGGUCGCUAUUGGGCCCCUUUUCAUGCCAUUGUGGCUACUCCCUUGCUUAUCGCAUUCGAACUGCUCCUUUGUGUUUAUCUAGAGAAAAGAUAUGCUGUAAAUUUGAAGAUUGUUUUCCUGCCUCUCCUGGCGCUAGAAAUUGCAAUACUGGUUGAUAACAUUAGGAUGUGUAGAGCACUUAUGCCUGGAGAUGAAGAAAAUAUCAGCGAUGAGGCUAUCUGGGAGACUCUUCCGCACUUCUGGGUUUCGAUUUCAAUGGUCUUCUUCAUUGCCGCAACAACAUUUACGCUUCUGAAGCUAUGUGGUGAUGUGGCUGCUCUUGGUUGGUGGGAUCUAUUUAUCAAUUAUGGUGUUGCACAGUGCUUUGCGUUUCUUAUAUGCACAAAGUGGUAUAAUCCUGCGAUUCAUAGGCGAUCUAAUAUGGCUGCUGCUGCAUCAUCAUCGUCAUCUUCAAUGAAUAUAAGAUAUCUUAGCUGGAACAAUGGUGUGUUAAUACCUUCUGAGGAAGACAAUCAAGAAAGCAGGAUGUGCAGUUUGCAAGACAUUGGUGGGCAUGUGAUGAAAAUUCCCUUUGUGGCUUUUCAGAUCAUGCUGUUUAUGUACUUGGAGGGAACUCCACCUGGUGCUAGAAACAUUCCAAUUCCAGUUUUAUUUUUGCCUCUUCUUCUGCUUCAAGGAGCUGGUUUGUUGUUUGCGAUAUAUCGCUUUUUUGAAAAAAUCAAUAUGUUAAUACAUCCAGAAGCAGAUUCAGGAAGCACAUUUAGACUACCGCCAACAGCUUAUGACUAUAUGGGAUUUCUGCGUCGUGGAUCAAGGUUACUUGGUUGGUGGUCCAUUGACGAAGGAAGUCGAGAGGAGCAAGCUCGGCUGUAUUGUGGUUCAGAAACUGGAUACAAUACCUUUUCGCCUGAAGCUGUAAAGAAAAUGCCAAAGGCUGAGCUUGCCAAGGAGAUAUGGAGGCUUCAAUCAGCACUAACUGCUCAAACAGAAAUCACAAACAUUAGCCAGGAGGAGUUUGAAAGACUUCAAAAUGAGAAGAUCCUUUGUCGAGUAUGCUUCGAUGAACAUAUAAAUUUGGUUCUACUACCGUGCAGACAUUACGUGCUUUGCAGCGGCUGCGGCGAAAAGUGCAAGAGGUGCCCCAUAUGUCGAGUACACAUUGAAGAGCGUUUACUUGUGUUUGAUGAUGCUGUAUAGCUGUGCACAUUGUAAUCUGUAAUACAGCCAGCCAGUCCAUCCCUAAAUCAUUGUUUGGGUGGUGAUUGCAGUUUUAUUCAGUCAAUUUCGCCAUCCUUUGUCUUUUUCUUCCCCUUAGGGUAAAGAAAGCUGUGAAUAGUUGAUUGGAAGGAUAUAUGUAUGGGUGGCUCUGCAUCAUUGUUUGAACAUUACAGCUUACUUAUGUAUGUCUAAACAAACACCUGCUGGCUGCUGCUGGUGUUCCUCAACCUACACAUUGAUUAUUCUGUAUUUGCUCACAAUGAUGAAUUGAUCGACUCUUUUAACCAAAUCUCAGCAUAUGCACUGUUAUUAGACA